UCCAUGAAAGUACAAAAAUAUCAUAUUAGUGCAAUAGAACUCUAGCGGAUAUGUUGCUGUAUUUCGGAGAUAGUAAAAUUCAAAGGAUGGCCAUGCACUCAGCACAUUUCCUCGCAGUAUUUUGUUUUGCUGUUGUCAAUGUUGUAUCAUGCGGUGUUAUUGAGCUCAGAAACGAGCCGACUUGUUUGCCAGGAGACGAUUAUUUUUCUGCCGGUCCAGAGUGUUACAACUUUUAUUCCUGUCGCAAUGGUGUACUAGAAAUCAUUGAAUGCCCGGGGGGAUUACUUUGGAAUGAUGAUAUUAAACGUUGUGAUGCUGCUGAAAAUGUACAAUGUGAGGAUGAACAAACACCGGAACCAACAACACAAGCACCUACUACAGAGGCUCCAACACCAGCACCCACUACAGAGGCUCCAACACCAGCACCGACCACAUCAACCCCGUCUAAUACAUUUUUGCCAGAAGUUGAGGGUGCAUUGCCCAUACUGUUUCCUGGUUCUGAAUGUCCAGAAGGCAUCCGUGCCUUUUUACUGCAUCCAACUGAAUGCCGGCGUUAUUACUACUGUUUGUAUGGUGUUCAGUAUCCUCAGACGUGUCCGUUUUUGGAAUUUUUCAACUUUGUUGUAGGACGUUGCGUACCUCAAGAUCAAAAGUUCUGUUUCCCCGGAAGUGAAUGAAAAUGAAACAAAUAAUUACAUGAUUCAAGUUAGAUUAUAAUGAA